GGGGGAGAAGGGGGCCCGGCUUCAGCUGCCUGUGGGGCCGCCCGCCCGCAUUGCCUCGGCUCAGGUCACCCGGAACGGAUUUUAAGUGAAGUGUGCGCGCGUCUAUGUCCAGCAUGGCUUCGGGAACCAGCGGGCCUCGCUCCUGUGACACGUUUGUGGCGCUGCCUCCAGCCACAGUUGACAGCCGGGUUAUUUUUGGAAAAAAUUCAGAUAGACCGUCUGAUGAAGUGCAAGAGAUAGUCUACUUCCCUGCUGCUUCCUAUCAGGCAGGAGAGAAGCUGGAGUGCACUUAUAUAGAAAUUGAGCAAGCAGAAAAAACGCAUGCAGUUGUUCUGAGUCGUCCAUCUUGGUUAUGGGGUGCUGAAAUGGGAGCCAAUGAACAUGGAGUUUGUAUUGGGAAUGAAGCAGUGUGGGGACGAGAAGAAGUCUCGGAUAAUGAAGCACUCCUAGGCAUGGACCUCCUCAGACUUGGACUUGAAAGAGCUGAUACAGCUGAAAAUGCCCUCGCUGUCAUGGUUGACUUGCUAGAAAAAUAUGGACAAGGAGGAAACUGUAUGGAGAGUCAGAUGGUGUUUACCUACCAUAACAGUUUUCUGAUAGCUGACAGAAAGGAGGCUUGGGUCCUAGAGACUUCAGGAAAAUAUUGGGCAGCAGAGAAAAUAGAAGAGGGCACGCGGAAUAUCUCUAACCAGUUCUCCAUAACAACCAAAAUUGACCAGGAACAUCCCAAAAUGAGAGAUUAUGCUAAGAGCAAAGGCUGGUGGGAUGGUGAAAAAGAAUUUGAUUUUGCUGCCAUAUAUUCCUACGUAAAUACUGCCAGAAUGACAACUUCAACGGGCAGAUACUGUGAAGGCUAUAAGCUACUGAAUAAACACAAAGGCAAUAUAACCUCUGAAACAAUGAUGGAAAUUCUUCGAGAUAAAGAGAGCGGGAUUAAUAUGGAAGGAGGAUUUAUGACAACUGGAAGUAUGGUCUCCAUCCUACCUCAGGACCCUAAUCUCCCUUGUAUUCAUUUCUUUACGGGAACUCCCGACCCUGAAAGAUCUGUUUUUAAGCCUUUUAUCUUUGUGCCAAAUAUUACUCAGUUAGUAAAAACCAGCUCACCAGCAUUUGGACCUGAUGAUCCAGUGAAGAAGAAACCACGGUUUCUCACUAAGCCAGAUCGAAGACAUGAACUCUAUAAGCAACAUGAAAGUGCUGCUGUGGAAACCUUCAAGGCAAAAAGUAAAGAGAUGCUAGAACAGAUACGGAAGCUGGAGAAAGAGAAAAUUAGCAUGAUGGAAUCAAUCCUACAAAAUGGAUAUCUUGAUGUUAACCAAGCUGUUAACCUUUUUUCACAGUGUGUGGAAGAGGAAAUCAACACAUAUGCCUAAGAGUAUAAAUCAAGUAUAGUG